CUUCAAAGGAUUCGGGACCAGCCCGCCCAUCUACUGAUCUCUCAGACUCUCUUUCGCUGAUGGAGUCCGCGCUUCUCGACGCCACAGCAUUUCCCCACAUCUACGAGCGUGUUGUCGCCCAUGCGCCAUAUGAGCUAUUGCUCCGCUUACGGUUAGUGAGCCGCGCUUCACUCGAGUCCGCCGACCGCAAGCUGUUUGAGCACAUCGCCUGUUCAGGCGAUAACAACCCGCCCGUUUUUCGCUCCCUCUCAUCCAUCUCCUCCGGCUCCUCGGUACGGCGUUUGCCCAUACCUCCGCUGGCCGAAGAAGACGUACACCCCGACAGCGGGCUCAAAUACACGCAGAUGAUCGAUAUAGAGACAUUCUCAGAGAAUCUGGACAUAUACUUUAUGGGCGUGAGGUUCCCAGCUCUCCAAACCGUUCGACGGCGCGCGUGGACCAUUUUGAGGGCACCAGCCACGGUCGUCGACGUCCUUCGAUUUCCGCCUCAUGGGACGUUCGACUCAUGCAUCAGCCCUCUGGUUCCAGUACCCCCGCGUCACGUAAUACUUGUGCUUUUCGAUCCACUGUGGGAUGGGCUCGCAUGGCCUAUCAAUAUGAUCGCACCGUUUUGGGAUGUCGACGUACACGCCAUCAUUGUUUUCCGCUCCUGUCCGCGGGUCGAGGGUCUCCCAAUUCGCAUAACGCGACCACAAGACGACCAAGCCACGGGAACUUUCCUCCGCUUCUUCCUUCGGCUCGUGGCUCAUCGACACCAUAAAUCGUAUAGUAUCGUCGGGCUAGAGCACAUUCCUCCCCACAUCCUAGCAGAGGAGGUCGGUCUUACCUCUGACGACCUCCUCCUUGCGGCUGCACACCAGAGCACGGGCGACCACCAGCAGUGGGCCCGUGUCGUGGCUGAGCGCACUGUCGACGCCAUUGGAGCUCUCCCGACCGACGCCGGUGAAUUCCUAAGUGAUGAUGAGGAAUUUCUCGACCUCAAGGAAAUCGUCGAGGUGCUCACGUUGGCCGAGUAUCGCGCUCGCGAGGGCGAGGAGGUGUGGGAACGCGAGUUGUUCGGCGACGAGCUUCCAGCGCCACUGAUUCAACUGAGCUGAAGUCGCUGAGGCUGGUACCGGGGAGAUGCCAAGCCCCCUUUCUAGAGGAGUUGCAAACUGGUGUCACAUAGCGAAGCUACCACAUGGACAAAUGUCGCCGAACGUUGCAGAAACUGCCUCAUAGCGGCAACGUCUGUUGCUGUGAUAAUUGCUUGUCUGCUAUGCGUCUAAGCUCCUCAUGAAUC